AUGGCUUCUCAAACCCCUCUUGUUCCGUCGAAAAAUGCCCUUCGAGCCCUUCGUCGUUUAGCAUUAUUCUCUCCCACCGUGAUCGCCGGCACCUUGGGGAGCAUAUGCGGAAUUGCAACGUUGACGGUCAAUUACCACAUAUAUCGGAGAGUUCAACUGGCUGAACGAAUUGUCGAAACGAAGAGAAUAUUACGAUCGGUAUCCAGCGGAACAGCUGCGGCUCAGCUGCGUGACAUGUUUGAAGCUGCGGAACGGAAUGAGGACUUUACUUUGCAAGCAAGAAAUGCAAAGAGGAGGAAGAAGAAGAGCUCCAGGUCUUUCUCGACUGCUGCUGUUCCUGUCGCUUCAGACCCGGAUUUCGACACAUGUCCAAACGAAACACAGUCGUUCCAACAAAUUGAACGCACCCAGAGAUAUGGCUCUCAUCCAAGAUCAAAACCACUCCGAAACGAAAACUCAUAUACGCCAAACUGGAAGGGAGAGCAUGUGCACAGCUUGUCCUUCGAGAAGCUUGCUGUGACAAGUCCACAAAAACAAAUCACUCGGAAUCGUCGUGCACAUCCCCUGAAGACAAACAUCCCGCCAGGUCUCCAAAAUGAUCGCCCUGCAGACUCGAAUCGGUGGGGGUCAAAGAGCAUCCCAGAUCCUGCCCACAAGUGGUUGCAGCCAGCUUCGAGUGCUGGCGAUGGACAAACUCCAGAUGGGAGUUGGAGUUGCUCGUAUGAGCCAGGUCAAGUCGGCCUCCGUGGAGACGACAGGCCUGGUCUCGAUGAAAUGCAAAGUGGCGCGAAGCUUGAUAACGAUCCAGGCAGGAAUUUCCUCGUCAGAGAUCAGGGCAAAUAUCAAUCCAGUCCUUCAUCACUGCCGGAGGCGUGCUUUAGGCCGCCACCUCGGAUCGAUCACGCAAGGACUUCACGACAAGAGUAUUUCGACCUGCAAAAUUUAUCCCCCCCUCAAGGGCUCUCUGAAUCCCGAUCAUGGACCCACGCCACUAGGGUAUCGCCAAAAAGGCAGGGGACAUUACCAAAAAAGCAGAAGGUGUCGUCAAACAGGCCCCGCAGUCAGCUGGUGGAACAGACUAGCCAUGAUCUGUCGAGCUUUAUUCAACGUUCUACAAAACAAAACUUUGACAGCGCUGCGUCGGACACUCCGCUUUCGCCCGGAUCAGCUGUGUGCGAUGACAAUGAAAUUUUGAUCCAAGAAUUCCUGACUCUCUUGAACCAUGCGGAGGGAGCCGCUCCGGAUACAGUCCUCAUCGAAACAUUGCUAAGCUCUCUCCAAAGACAUGUUAUGGGUCAAGUCAUCGGCAUCGUUGAUUGGAAUAGACUUGUGACCAUUCAAAAAUUCAUACGGCCAGGAAAUCGAAAUAUUGAUGAAUCAUCCAUGUUUCGCCGAGCCCUGGCCGUCAUGAGAUACUACACUCAAAGAUGUACCCCUCCAGAUUGGGCAGCCGCGAAAGUAGCAUUUCUUAUCCAUCGGCACCUCCUUGAUGUUCCCGGUCUCAUUACCCGACCUGUUUUCGACCUUGUACGGCAUCUACUUGAAAUGGAUCCGGAAUCUAGCUCUGUCGAAGAGAUCCUUUUCCCUUUGCGUCCUACACAUGCCAACGAAGAAGAUUCCAGUGUCGACAUAUUUGAUAUGUCAAGCAAAUAUUUGGCCCUCUUUUGCGACGAGAAUCAAAGUUCUUCCGCCUGCGUUCAAGAAAUGGAAAAGAUCUUUGGUGUUGCGAGGCGUCGAGGACUCGAGUUGAGUGAGACCCUUGUAUUGCCUGUUCUUCAAGCAAUGGUGCGUUCAAGAGACAUCGAUGGAGCCGAUAUUCUCUUCGACCAGCUCGAACCUGUGUACGGGAUUAAAAAGACCAUACGUCUCUGGAGCAAGUACGCCAUUUGGCUUGCGCGCGAGGAGAAUUGGGAAAUGGUGCAUGCAAUUCUGCGCCAAGUACAUGAUGCGGGCAUUCCCAGAGUUAUGCUGAAACAGUACGAGGCCAUGUUUCAUCACAUACUGGAGGAAUUUAUUUCCCAGAAUUCGGCCACUCGGUCAUUCGGUUUCGCGGUCAACGCCAUCAAGCACUUUGGCAUGGUUCCCACUGGACUAAUAUCAAGAACAAUUAUAGUGACGUGCAUGAAGGAGCGUCGCUAUGACCUGGCCACCGAGUGGACAUACCUGAUGAGCGAAGCUUUCCCCCGGAUGGGGUUAGGUUUUGAAACUCGCCAGGGAAUGUGGCUCCUUGCACAUACCUUGAGAGAUAUUGGCGCGAGUUGUGAGGAAAUCGCGGACGCAUUUCAACUGAUCGUUCAUGGCUCUUGUGAACAGCCAUUUCUCCAUCCUUUGAGGCAGCUCGUGAGCGACCUUGUGGAGGAGGAUCUACGUCACAGAUUGUGUGCUGCAUCCGCCCGUACAUCGGCAGGCGAAUUGUCAGCGAAGGAAAUUCCUUUGAUGACCAUAAAUGAACUGAUUGAAGAAGCUAAACGGUUCUGUCUUCUGUCGGCGACACCGGGAGUUGGAGCCAGCGCCCUGACAAGUGCCCGAGAUGACAUUGCUGUCCAACUGGGCGCGAUUGAGAAAUUGAGAAAGAUCUUCAGAGGCGGGCUUAGUUUCGGCAACUUUUUCUCUCGGGGAGACGAACGAAAAACGGCUUCCUCUACAACCCGUCGCAUCUCUGAGUCAGCUCGAAAAUGGAACGAGACGUUGGAAGCUCGGGCAUCAUUUCCAGAAGCUGUCACCCAAGACAAGUUGCCGGAAUAUGAGAAGUUAACAUGGGCGGUCGAAAACUACUAUGCACAUCGGGAAAAGCAGGGUCUUCCCGUCAGUCACUCAGUGCUCAGAUACCUCCUGGCUACGGUCUCGGCAGAGGAAUCACCGUCUGCUCUCAUGCUGGUCGAGGCGAUUCACGCAAGCGGUUUUGUCCAGGGCCCAAAAGGAGUCCCAUUUGACAAUGAUCUCUUCCUGAAGUGGUUUCAUGUGGUAGCUGUCAACGGCUCUGUCAAGGCAGCAGCAAAAGCGCUGUGGGCAGCGAUCGAUACUGGCAGGCAACUACAGUGGACAUCGGAUUUUACUUGGUUUCUCAGCUUGGUGGCUACUCUUCGAACUAGCAGUGGUUACUUCUGGGCCCAGUCAAAUGAGAAGCCACUCGAAACAAACACGGAAUUAGAGUAUUUGACACGCAGAAUAUGGUUCAAUCGGGCUCGUACCCGGCCGACGGCUGUGUCUGGACCUGAUUCUGGAUUGCUUCCCAAAUGGACUGAAUGGGAAGAGGAUUGGCACGGAUUCCAGGAUGAAGAAAGCGAGACGUAA